GAGGGUUAGCGGCGCGCGCGCGCGCGUCUCGCGUCCGACGCCGGAUCACAGGUGCGUCGGAGGAGCGCUACCUGCCCGUAUAAGAGCGCCGGUGCGGCUCGGCCGACCGACAGCAGCGUCCGUGCCCGUCUUGCAGUGCCGUCCCAGCCGCCGGCCCGCGCCAUGAGCAGCUGGAGCGUCCUCGGGCUCCGCGCCGGAGCCGCCCGGCCGGCCGCGCUGCUCCUAGGGCUGCUGGCAGCCGUUCGGGUCAGCGGGGCGUCACAUCUAGAGACUACUGUACUUCUGCGCGACCUCGACUUCCUGGACAAGCUGACCAACCCGUGCCAGAUCACCAACACGGGAAGGCCGCUGCCGACCAAUCGCCGCCAGGAGGGGCGAGACUCAGAGCUGCAGAUCGAGCUGCGUCUCGCCAGCAGCCUCGCCCGCUUCGUGCGAGAAGCAUCGGGCGUCCCGGAGUGUACUGGUAUGAGCCUACAGAGCCAGCCUAGUAUAUCCAGCCUCUCGGGCCGGACGCGUCACGAGGCAAUGCCCGAGAUGUACCGCGUGUUUCUCAUAGAAACAGCUCAUCUCUACCUAAUGGCUCAGGAAAUACGCGAGUCGCACCAAACGUGCGGGAACGAGAGCCGCGGACUCGUCGACGAACUAUUCUCGCUGGCGGGCCAUCUUCAGAACAUUCUCUGCGUUAUCUCCGAGAGCGUGCACCGCCCGGAUCUGGAGACCGUUCUCAACUCGGUGCCUGACCUGGGGCUCAGCAAAUACCGAAACUGUCACCGGCGACUCAUGAGAAACUGCCUGGUGCUGGAAAAUACGAGCGCAAUGCUGUCACUGUCGCUGCAGUACAUGUCAGAGCAGCGGGCAGCGCAGAGCAACGACAUUCGUCCGCGACUGAUGGUCGUCGGCUAGUGACCAACCGACCGACCGACCGACCGGCCGACGCGCCCUGAAAGACUGAGCCCGUCUUGCAGGGUUCUCGGUCGCCGGCAAUCGAAAACGACACACCGCAGAACACACUGACCACCUGACGGAACCGCCUCAUCGGCCUCGCCGCUUGAUCGAGUUUGCAUUGUCUCGUUUAGUUAUCGGGCCGAUUUGUUGGCGAUAAUCAACGAUAUUGAUUCUGUGCUGAAUCAGUGUGAUUUAUUUGUUGUGUGUGGAUACCUUGUCGGCGCGUUGUCUGUGACUAGUCCGAGGAUUGGAGGACUGGCAGUGUUAUGUAGCUGUGUCGGCUGUGUGUUGUGGCGUGGCCGGCGGCUGCCCCGGUGGCUGGCGGGUCGACGAUCGGACACAGUCCGGUCACCGGCCCGAGGGACGGCCGGCCGGCCAGCACCCCGGGGACCCAGGCCGCUACGGCCGGGACCCACAGAUCUCAGCGUGGUACUAGCAAUGUGCCAACUUAUGGCCAAACAAACGAGUUCUAGUCAUUGCGCUUAGCAAGUGAUAAUGAUUACAGUAUUUCUAUUGUUACAGCAGCUGAUUCAGUAUUAUAUAAUUGACUUUUGUAAUAUCUUUAACAUAGCAAGUUGCACAUUUCUACUAAAUGCUACAAAUAUUAUAAAUAAUUUAGGUGCUCAUAAAAUGUGCAAUAUCCCCCGUUUGACAAUGUCAAGAUACAAGAGCAAGCACAUCACUACCUAAUGUUCGUUGGUUAAAUGGUGUUAUAAGGACAUUUGAGAAGUGUUUACUUAUCUAUUUAAGGAGUUUCAUGCUAUUUCAUGAUAAAAAGCGCCACUGAGAUCGCAGAUGUGCUCGCAAUGGCUCCGAAUGACGAGAAUAUGGCAAAUAAAAGUGGCUAGACGGAUAAGUAAUUCGUUGCACGCAAUCGAAACCUGCUGUUUGAACUUCGCUUGG